AUGGAACAUCUCACUGAACAUAACGGCCUAAUUUUCACUCUGAAUGACGUUCAUCGUUCCUACAGCUGGUCGGGUUACGAUUACAUUCCCACCAUAAGAGGUGGGCUGGCUUUCAAGGUCCCCCAGAAAGGAACAUAUUCAGGCAGGAUAGUUGAAUAUUCUAAAAUUCCCGGGCAGAUUGAUUGGGUUAAGAUGGUAGAAUUGUGGUCUCUGAAUGGUGAUGGGUACACUUUUCCUUUCUUCCCUGGUGUCAAAGAUCCGGACUUCCUCCCGUCUAACUUAUCAGAUACUUUCUACCCUCGUCUCGACGGUCAUUUAGGCCCUUUUGACGUCACCGAGCAUCCUCAAGAAUACGAUGCAGCCCAACCCUGGUUGCCGUUCAUACAGCCGUAUAGGAAACUGGUGGAAUGGGCAUGCGUGUUGCCAGCUUUGAUACAGAAACAAGACAAUGUCUGUGCUAUGGAUGAGGGUUUAGUCGGUGACCUCCUUCGUCGAAAUUUUUGCUUGGACCUGCAGUUAUGGCACGUUAAGGAAAAGCUUCAUCACCGGAAUAACGAUGCGGUUCUAGUACUCCCAACCUUUCCUGAAUGUGAUACCAUUCAUCUCCUACUACGCGAAGCCUCUUACCCCAAGAUGCUUGAUUGCAUCGUUGCUAUUCAACGAGGUCUGCGUAUCAAAGAUGCGUGUAUCACCUAUCAUUCACUCCCUCCCAUGUCAAACUCCAAUUCUUCAUCCACUUCUUUCAGAGAUAAACCCAUUCCACCUGCGGAUAUGUCUUUUUUAGGCUUGUGGGGUAAUGCGCUGAAUAGUGAAGAACUCGCCUGGUAUCAUAACGUUGCAAAGGUACCUGUGUAUUUUUCCCAUGAACUCUCAUCGGAAGAGAUGGCUGACCUACUCAAAGCGUCCACUUAUACUCCCUGUGAUCUGACCAUUUUCCACCGACGCUUUGGGCCCGGCUCUCCAUACGACUCUUUCGCUGUUGAAAAAGCCGUCAAUGCUGAAACCCAUGCGUUACCAUCUGGAGCAUGCACACCAGAAAAACAGGUGUUCAAAAGUUGCACGCCUUUCUCUUCGAGCAGGAUGCAAGGGUACAGCGAGAUGAGAGAACCUCGUAGCGAUAGGAUGGUACAGGUCAGAUUGGAAGCGAAGAACCGUGGCUACCAUGACUAUGAAUGGAAAGGAGAUCUUUCCCCUGUCUGGCAUAGCGACGUAGCCUUGAGCUACCCCAGGAGGAUGAUAUACAAGUCCAGAGUAGCGUUCAUAGAAACACCGAGAGUAGAAGAGAUUAGGACGCCGUUUGACCUAUGGGAUCAUAUCUACCAAGUCAAGGACGAGUCCACACUCUCAGACGAACAAGGACAGUGGUGUUUCUUGCAUGCAAACAAGAACGACGCUCGCUUCGAUGGGCAAAUUCAUAAUACAUGGUAUGACAGACGGCGAAGCAUGGCUAUCCACUUCACUGUUCCUGAUCAUCUCACUUUCCCUUCUGGAUUCAUCAUGCCCCAAGAACUAGUCAAUAUAUAUGGAGCCCCCCCUCCUCCUUGGAGGAUUUACUCCCCGCUUGCUAACGGACACACUCUUUUACAAGAGGAUGGCAUCAGUUGGAUGUACCCUCAGCUCGAGAAUUGUUCAGCCGAGCACAAGCUUCCGAUUCUUGACUCGAGUAGGUUACCCUUCAUAAACAGUCCGGGCGUCACCUAUCACACCAUGUUCCACCUGUCACCUUCUGAAGUUCCUCCGCAUUUUAUUAGUAUUGGUGUCAUGACGGAGCCUGAUCACAGCUUUGUCAGUACCGGGGUCAUGACGAUGCCACAAUCCACCGGUUUUCUGAAUACUAUUUAUGCGGCCCCCAUAAUAGUUGCUAACCCUCCUCAAGGACCAUUCAGAGACCCUUGGCCUGAUGCGAUCAGCUCUGAUACUGAUGAUGAUGGCAGUAGCGUCCGAAGCAAAACCAUGUCAACAGUAUCGAGUAUCGACAGUUCACAACCUUCAUGA